AUGGAUAGCCAGUCGAGCGGCUCGAAUAGCAGCUCCGACUUCGUUCGGAAGCUCUACAAGAUGCUGGAAAACCCUCAGGAUGAGAGUGUAGUACGCUGGGGAAACGAGGGCGACUCCUUCGUCGUACUAGAGGCGCGUUGCGAGAAACAUUUCCGCCGUGGAGACAGCAGCUGACUGGAGCGCAGAACGAACGGUUUACGAAAAACAUCUUACCGAAACAUUUCAAGCACAGGUGGGGAACCCACGCGCCCAACUAUUUCACACUCCAGGUGCUAAUGAAUGUCUUUGCGCAGCAAUUUUGCCAGCUUUGUGCGCCAAUUGAACAAAUACGACUUUCACAAGGUGCGCCAUAAUAAUGAAGAGGGAGGCACUUCGCCCUACGGACCGGGCGCCUGGGAGUUUAAACAUCCAGACUUCAAGAUGAACAACAAGGAUGCAUUGGACAACAUUCGGCGAAAGGCGCCGGCGCCUCGAAAAGCGAACGCCAUCGGCGACGGUGACAUGCUCCCGACCCAGCAAAUAGACAUGAUCAACACCCAACUGGUCGCGACGCAGCAGCAGCUUCAGCAACUGCAGGAAAGGUACAACGAGCUCAGCAUGCACCACUCCAUGCUCGUGCAGGAGUUGAUCGGGGUGCAAAAGACGGUCGUCAAUCACGAACAUGUGAUGCAGUAUGUCAUGAAUUUCCUCAACUCCGUGGACGCACAGCGGCGGAGGGAGAGCCGCAUUGUGAACCCCAAUCCAUUCGCUGCCUCUUCGGGAAACAAUGGCGCCAAUGGUACGACAACACCGGGUUCCAACUCGAACUCCGUGCCCCCAGUGGAAGACGAUGUGCCAGCGUCGCCCUUGCAGCAUGCUUCGAAGCUUUUGAGCGAGGUGAACGCAGAUCACAUGCUCAACACGCGGAACCUGGAACAGAUGAACGAAGCGCAGAUGCGCAUGAACGCGGCCAUCACCACUCCCCCGCCCGAUCUCACUGCGGCGCGCAACGGGACAAGGUCCUCGAGCAGAGGCGCUCAGCCACACUCGACUGCCUCUUCCAGCUCUGUUGGUUAUGAUCUCGACACCCUCGUGUAUCCAAUCGGACAGACGCAAGGAAUCGACCCCAUGUACAGCGAACACAUCAACAACAUUCCUUAUCCCAUGCCUGCAAAAGGACCAGAUGGAAGCUUUGCCCCAGCACCUCCGCCAGAGGUACGCAAGAAGAGCGCCCAAGUAGACCCGGGGUGGGUUCGACAACCCCGGAUCCUGCUGGUGGAAGACGAUCAGACGUGCAGGCGCAUCGGCGGCAAAUUUUUAUACGCAUUUCACUGCUCCAUCGACAGUGCUGUAAGUGCAAACUCCCACGUGUGGUGGUGUGUGCAAAGCUAACGGAGAAACUCAAGCUCGAUGGACUAGAAGCCGUCCACAAACUCAAUUCCGGCGCCAAAUAUGACCUUGUGCUCAUGGACAUCAUUAUGCCCAAUCUCGACGGUGUCUCUGCCACGCAUCUCGUGCGACAGUUCGACAACACAACACCGAUUGUAGCAAUGACAUCGAACAUUCGAAGCGAUGACAUUUCGAUGUACUUCCAGCACGGUAAGCACGGAUCGUCGAGGCUGGUACAGGACAAAGCUAAUUCAUCUCAGGCAUGAACGAUGUCUUACCCAAACCAUUCACCAAGGAAGGUCUGCUGAGUAUGUUGGAGAAACAUCUUGGACAUCUCAAGAAAACCCCACCGGGACUCGAAGCCAUGCCGCCACCAUUGAACUCUGCAAAGCGGAGUCUGAAGAGUGAAGACUCGCCAGCCACAUCACCGGCCAGCAACUGGAACUCCCCUAACCAGCUCACCGGCGGGUCACCUGGGGGCAGCAAUCUCGGAGAGGAGCCGUAUAUGGCGCCCGCGUCUUACGUGCAACCUGGUCUGGCAGCGCCCCCACCACACAUGUAUGCAACCGCGCUGCCAGGACAGUUGGCUAUGCCUCCGCGGCCAGGACCCACUCCCCAAGGUGGACCUCAUCGACGAGACAUUUCACAAAUUUCAGGCGGAGCGGAUAUGGGAGGUGAUGCCAAACGGCCUCUGUACGCGCCUCCCGGAAUGAAUCAGAUGCCGCCGCAACCGAUGCCACAGCAGAUGCAGAGACCGCCGCGAUAA